CACAGCUCUACUCAAGUUCUUUGUUUCAUAGUUCAUACUUCCUAGCAAAACAAAUCCACAAAAGCUGAGAUAUUUUUCUAUCUGAUUGUGUUAAGAGAUGGCUGAGAAGACCAACCAGGCUUAUCCUUUGGCCCCUGCAAAUGGUUACACAAGAAGUGAUGGCGAAUCAUUGAUAUCCGAAGACGAGCUUAAACGCCAAAAGAGGAUGAAAUUGUUUAUGUACAUAGGUAUCUUCAUUGUUUUACAAAUCAUAGUGAUGGCAGUAUUUGGUCUCACUGUGAUGAAAGUGAAGACCCCUAAGGUCAGAUUGGGUGGAAUCAAUGUCCAGAGCCUCAACUCUGUCCCUGCCACACCUUCAUUUGACACAAACUUUACCACCCAGAUUAGGGUGAAGAACACAAACUGGGGUCCUUAUAAGUUUGAUGCAAGCAGUGCAACAUUUCUGUACCAAGGUGUGGCAGUGGGGCAGGUAUCAAUUCCUAAGAGCAAGGCUGGAAUGCGUUCCACAAAGAAGAUCAGUGUUUCAGUGAGCUUGAAUACCGAUGGACUUCCAAGCAGUUCUACUCUUGUCAGUGAAUUAAACACCGGGAUCUUGACGCUCACCAGCCAAGCCAAACUGACUGGAAAGGUUGAAUUGAUGCUUAUAAGGAAGAAGAAGAAGUCUGCCACAAUAUGUGUACUCAUGAGACAUUUGGCAACCCAUAUGUUUACUCAAUAUCGUAUGAAAACACGGUACUCAUGAGACCCAGGUACUCAUCUGUUACCCCUCAUGCAGUACGCCGACAGACACUAGGCAACCCAUAUGUUACCCAAUGUCGCUAAAAACAUGGGUACUUAUGAGACCCAUGCAACCCAUCUGUUACCCCUCAUGCAGUACACCGGCAGACAUACUAGAACUCUAACUGAUCGUAAUUGACACCGAGCCAAGGCUUGGUUUCAAUUACUGCCAACAACAUCCGAAUACCAGAAAACGUUUUAAUAAGACUCAGUGUUAAAACCAUGUACAAUAUAAUAAUCAACACAUGUUUAUUGUACUACAACCAAACAACUCUUGCACAACAAUAUAAUAUAGUUACCACAAUAUAAUCUCAUUUUGAAAUAAAAACCGUAGCAUUAUAUAAUAUAACAACUCAUAUAUAUGUAUUGUAUUUACUAUUUUUGUACACAUACACAACUCACUAUAUUAUA